AGCUUAUGUGUGAGGAACACAAAGGCAACAGGGUAACCAUGUGAAGCAGACGCAUGGAUACCCAUACAUACACACACAUGUGAUCACAGUAAAGCUAAAGCGGUGUGGCCUGGACGACGUGCAGCUGUUUGUCGACAUGAAACUGCACCAAUGCAAACCCGUACCUGUACAGUACCCUACAGUAUGUCUACAAAGGGGGCAAUAGUUGUGCCAACAACAAAGGCAAAGGUCCAGCUUGUGGCUGUUUUAAAGAACAAUGACCGACCACAGAAAAUGCUGCUCUCUGUUGAGGCUCAGCGGAUCUCACGCAUAUUGGAAAACUGCAUCAGUCAAAUAGAGAUUGUGGCAACACUGCCUGCUCUGCUGCAUUUAAACAGUGCCUCAAGAGUCGUGGAUGAAGAAAUUAUAAGGGAAAUUAAAAAGCAUCAACUAUUAUAUGAAAGACUGAGAAAGACACUGGAGGAUCUCAAGCAGGAAUCAGAGGGAGAAGAUGAUGAGGGGAGGAGGAGGUGGAGAGCAAAGGCUCAGCUUGAAGUGGACAUCAAGAACUCAGUCAGGGAUCUGCUCCGGCUUUUCCGCUCCCAUCCAGAUGCCAUUUUUCAUUUGAGGGCAGAGGAAGGAAUGGAAGUAGGAGAGAGUGAGUGCAAGCUAAUUAAAGGGCUUAAGAGGUUUCACAGCCAUAUAGUAGACAAACUGCUGACAAGUCUGGAUGAGGAGUCGCAGCUGGUCCUCCACAAGUCUGCGUCUUCGUCCCCCGCCUAUGAUCUGAAGAACUUGGCUUCUCUGGAAGAAGAAGUAGCUACAGCUAAGAAACAAAUAGAUGCAAAGAUUGCUCAGAAAAACAUUGAAAUCAAAAAUGUGCAGGAAGUAUCUUUUACAUCACUACUCACAGACAAGAAGAGUCAGCCACAAUUCAACAUAUCUAUGAGGCAGGCCAGUAUGCAACAGGAAAUUGAUCAACUGAAGAUUCGGCUCAGCAAUUUGAUCCUUGAGAACAAGCAGGCAGAGAGGAUACUCCAAGAGGAAAAUGAAAAAGUAGAGACAGAAAUUGAAUACUUGCUUCAAAAAUUUGACAGUGAAGUGGAAGAAAUCCAGGCCGACCUGGAGUUGAAUGAAAUUGAUCACGAAAGGGAAGAGGAUGAGUUGAGGAUGCUGGAGAAACCAUUUUCUGUCUUGGAGGAGGAGUGCAACCAGAUUCAGGAGAAGCGUCGACAGGCAGAGGAGCAGAGACAGCUGGAGAUGGAGGAGCUGCAGUUGAAGACCAAAGCUGCUAUUUUGGCCCAAGCGUGGUGGAGAGGCUACAGUACUCGCAAGGCCUUAAAGAACAAGGGCAAAAACAAGAAGGCCAAAAAAGGAAAAGGCAAGAAGAAAUAAAUCACACACAAGAUUCAUCACCCUGGUGCUUGUCAUUUAUGUGUUCUUAAUUCAAUAA